UGAAGCUGGGAGGGGGGAUUGGAAAUGAUGCUGACAUGCUCCACCAAUCAAAACAGAGAAUAGCUGGUUUGCUAGAAUUAAAUCUAUUUCAAGAGGAGCUGCUUGCAAAGAGGAAGGAGGAUGCUGAAGAUGAUAGCCCCCACCUUUGUUGGUUGAGGGGGGGGUUGAGAAACAUGCUGACAUGCUCCACCAAUCGAAACUGAGAAUAAGGGCUAGUUUGCUAGAAUGGAAUCUAUUUCAAGAGGAACUGCUUGCAAAAAGGAAGGAUGACGUUGAAGACACACAGAGUCUCAAACAGAGUUGAUGGUAUGCUCUGAAAAAAUGAUGAUCUGCUAACAGUCUUAGUAGAUUCUUGUGCUGACAGAAUCCAGGCAAAAUACCUCAGAAUACCUUCAGAAACUUGGUGUUUUGAAAUGGAGGAUGGGAAUCCCCCUCCCAGUAGCACUUGGCAUGGCAGUGGCUAUUCAGUUGGGGCGACCUCCACUUUCCUAUCCACUGUUCUCACUUUUCCCAUAUAUAAGACUAUUUUCCGUCAGCAGCUUCACACGAUGACCAUCAGGGCAGCUUCCCAGCAGUUGCUAAAAGAAGGAUUUGCCCAGCUCUACCGUGGUCUACCACCACCACUUGUUGCAAAAACUGUACAGGGCACCUUGCUAUUUGGCACCCAAGGUACAUUCCAGAGGUUGCUGUCUGGCAAUGGAAAAGCUGGCCAUUGGGAUCGCUGCCUUUCAGGACUCAUGUCUGGAGCUUUGGAGGCUGUACUAUUAGUACCUUUUGAACGUGUACAGAACAUCUUGCAGGAUGGGCGCAACAACACACGAUUCCCCUCUGCUGGUUCUAUUCUACAGGAAUUCCAGUCUUACAGUGCUCGAAACCGAUUUACAUUUGGGGUUUACCGAGGAUUCGCUGUCAUUCUUGCAAGAAAUGCCCUGGGCAGUGCCCUCUAUUUCUCCUUCAAGGAGCCACUGAGAGAUGCACUAAGUUUAGAUGGUGUCCCAGGUUGGGUGCCCUCCUUGGUAUCUGGAUCUGUUAAUGGAGCUUUCACCUCAUUAAUUCUUUAUCCCCUUAGUGUUUUGGUAUCUAACAUGCAGGCAGGGGUGGGGAAGGAGUUGCCAAAGACAAGGGAGGUGGCAGGGGAAGUGUGGUUAAAGUGUGGGGGGAAGGUCUCACUCCUAUACCGUGGCGCAUCCCUCAUCAUCCUGCGCUCUUGUAUCACCUGGGGUGUGACAACUGCCAUUCAUGAUGUUUUGCGUGGACAGCACUAAUGAGAGAAAUGCUGCUUCACAGCACUAUAUGACAAAGUGGUGUCAGUCUCAUAUGUUCCCCGACUUUGCCCUUUCUGGGACAGAAAGCAUUAAAUCAUUUCUACUUUU